UUCAUCUAGAUUAAGUGUGAAGUGAUGUAUUGCUGGCGGUGAAUAAUAAAUGUGGUUGUAGCAUGUCGUUAUAGUUAUGCGAAGUUAAAACUUUUGAAUGAAGCAUUGAAGACGAAGUCAGAAGACAGGAAUGCAAAUUUCGUGUAACUGCCCAGCAGCAUAUCCAGCAAGAUGGAUGCUAAUCGGCCGACAUUUUCUAUGCCAUCGCGGUUUAACUACAACCCACGGUUCAACCCAAAUUAUCCACGAGGGCGAGGUCGCGGCCACAACUAUGGAUUUCAGUUUAGGCCGUCCCUGAGCCAAUCACUGGAUCCAAGUGGAAACUUAAUGAACCCAAAUUACGAUGGCAAGCGGAUGCGCAAGACCAUUCACAGACGGACAAUUGAUUAUAACAGCCAUGGGGUAACCUAUCUAGAGAAUAGAGUGUGGCAACGCGACUGUCGUGAUCAACGUGCCAUCCAACCAGAUGCGCUCUACACGAGCAGUAUAAUGCCGGCAGCUGCCUACGUCAAAAACCCAGUGGUUUCCGUAGCAACAAAGUGCAUUCGAACUUCUAUGAAUAAAUUACCGUGCCCGAUAUUCUGUGUGUGUUGGACGCCAGAGGGAAGACGACUCAUCACCGGAGCAUCGAGUGGUGAGUUUACAUUGUGGAACGGGUUGACAUUCAAUUUUGAGACAAUUUUGCAAGCCCACGACGCUGCUUGUCGUACGAUGGUGUGGUCUCAUAAUGACCAGUGGAUGAUAACAGGAGAUCACUCCGGUUUCGUUAAGUACUGGCAGACGAACAUGAAUAACGUAAAGAUGUUUCAAGCGCACAAGGAGUCCGUGCGGUCCCUGAGCUUCUGUCCGACUGACAACAAGUUCGCCUCAUCGUCAGAUGAUGGAACGGUUAGAGUGUGGGACUUUCUUCGCUGCCACGAGGAGAAGAUCCUCCGGGGUCAUGGAGCUGACGUCAAGUUUGUGGAUUGGCACCCGCAGAAAGCUCUGCUCGCAUCCGGCAGCAAAGACACCCAGCAGCCCGUGAAGUUGUGGGAUCCGAAAACCGGGCAAAGCCUCGCGACUCUGCACAUACACAAGGGCACUGUGAUGUCUGUGCGAUGGAAUCAGAAUGGCAACUGGCUGCUGUCCGCAUCGCGCGACCACCUUGUCAAAGUGUUUGACAUCCGUGCAAUGAAGGAGCUGCAAACAUUCCGCGGCCACAAGAAGGAAGCCUGCAGCUUAGCCUGGCACCCAGUGCACGAGUCUCUUUUCGCAAGUGGUGGAUCUGUCGGGGACAUUGUUUACUGGCAGGUUGGUCAGGAGAAGGAAGUUGCAUCCGUUGAAUUGGCUCACGAGAAUAUGGUGUGGACGAUGGCUUGGCACCCUCUAGGACAUAUCCUUGCAACUGGGUCUAACGACCACACAACCAAGUUUUGGGCGCGACCGAGGCCAGGAGAGAAACUCAAGGAUAAAGCUAGUAAUGAUGUUUCAGUUGGAGAUGUGAGUCUAGAUGACUCCAUCACAAUAGCAGACGGAGAAGAGGUUGCCCCAGUGAUUCCAGGAAUGGGACUGGAACAUGGAAUUCCAGAACAUUUAAGGCCCAAGGAAAAGUCAGCGGAAUCUCUCAUUCCAGGUCUCGAGUGGGCUGACUUUCCACGACCUGUCCACAUUAAGAAGACGCCAUAUGCGAAGCCAAUACCAAAGCAAUUUGAAGAAGCCUGGCAGUCAGCAACCACCAGCUUGCCGGUUCCUGACGAUUCUGGAAAGUCUAAGCCGAAACAGAACUCUCACGGGGCUCAAAACAACGUGGAGAACAACACGAGCACUGAGAAGCCAACGUCCGACAAGCCCAACUUAGAUAAUUCCACCAGCAACAGGAACAAUAGUUUUUCGGGCGACCUAGCUAACGCAGGUGACAGGGAACCAGCUGUCCAACAGGGAGGGCCUAUAGGUGAUGCCCCUUGGCGAGGCCAGCGACCACUGGGUGCAGGCGGCACCCCUGCCGUGAGGCCGAGCUUGCUUGGGCCCGCUCCGCAGAUGCCUCAGCCUAAUAACUUUCAAGACGGUCCGCCGGCGGGGCGAGGAAUGACCGGACCAAGGAUGCGAGGUAGAGGACAAUUCGGCGGGGGCGACUUCGGGAGAGGCCGAGGUCUGCUGCCGGCCGGAAGAGCAUCCAUACUCGGCCGUCCGCCGAGCGGCAACUACCAUCCACAGGAGAACUACGAGAUGGACUCGCAGCAGCAGAACCAGGGUCCGGAUCACGGCCAGGAGUACUGCGGACCGGGACAGUUCCCUGGGGAACACGACGGGGCAUUCGGGAGUCAGCCGGCGCGAGGGCGCGGCGGCAUGGAGAUGCACAAGCGGCCGUGGGACGACGGGCCCGGUGCGCCGAGUCCCGUCACGCGAAUGCCGAGUCGAGGCGGCAUGCGAGGAGGCAUGGCGCCCCCUGGCGGCCGCGGGAUGAUGCCGAUGCACAACGCUCAGGGCGUGCACGGCAUGAUGGGCAUGCGACCGCAUGGAAUGCGCGGUCCGCCCCCAAUGCGAAUGCAGAUGAUGCGAGGAUCCCGGGGUCGAAGCAUGAGAUGAUGACGUCGGCGGGGGGCGUGAUAGAGUGGGCGUGUACAGUAGACGCAUGUACGGUGACCCGAGCACAUGUCCGACAGGGUUUGCUGCACGCGCAGAACUCGUCAGGCACGUAUUUGUGUUCAAGUUGAGCGCGAACUGUUCACAGAAGCAGAAUUUGUAUUGCACAUUACCGACAGCACCCACAUGUUUUCUGUAUACUGAACGAUGAUCACUAUAUUUUUUAGGACAGUGUGAUGCGCGAGUUGUCCGUAAUUGUACACACUGUGUUAUUUGGGAAUUGUCUACGAAUGAAACAGCAAUGUGAAUAUUCAUGAUUAUAUUUCAAAAAGGCAUGGUACCAAACAGCAAGUAGGUAAUUAAGCAAUCCUCUGUAAUGUUUUCUGUUCUUCGUAUCUAGAAGAAAUAAAAUGUACUUGGUACUUGUGUCAUUGUCAAAGUAAAUGGCAUAGUGUGUGAUGUGUACAUCACUUGGUGAAAUAGUGAUGUUCAAUGUUAGUACGUGACGAGCAGAUUGAUGUUCAUAACAUGCAGAUGUAGUAAGAGAGAGAAUAUGUACACAAUACACUUACACUGGUCUCGCGUAACUCAAGUGAGUGGCGAUGGUUGAAGGCUUUUCAUCAGCCGUUAGUACCUUCAAAGUUUAUAAAUCAAGACAUUGUAGCGGUGGCUUCAUAGAAGCUUGGCACUCUACUUGUAGAAGUGUCUGUUCCUAUCUCUCUUUGUUGUAAAAAUUAUACAUUUAUGGUAGAGUGAGAGCAUAAUAAAAUUGACAUUGUAUGAUCAUGAGAAAGUGUAAAGCAUGUUUCACCCACUAUUUUUUCUCUAUUAUAAGAAAGUGGUUUAAGGAUUAAUCGUAUUUUUCUAAAAUAUAUGAUUGGCUAAUCACGUAAGUUUCUUGUGUGCUGCUGCGUGGUGUCUUGUAUUUCCUUUCCCCUGAUUUUUUUCUACAAAUAAACGACAGCUGUUGCUUUAAACAGUA